AUGGGUUCAAAGGGAAUUGGUGGAGUGAUGACCAUCACUAGGGUUGAUGAUGUUGUAGCUGGUGGUGGUGGUCAUGUUGUUGUUGGUGAUUUGGUUGGUGAUGUUGAUGCUGUUGGUGGUGCUGAUGCUGUUGGUGGUGUUGUUCAGCCUGUUGAUGUUGUUGGUGGUGGUGGUGGUGGACUUGGUGAUGAUGUCCCAGCAAGUAUUGCUGGGGAAAAAUUAAGAGAUGAUGAUGCUAAUAUUGGUGGAUUUACUCCAGUUCCUGGAUUGAGUGAUUUUUCCGGAUUUGGUGGUAAUUUUAGUGGUGGUGGAUUGAGUGGUAGAAGAUUUGCUGAUGUUGGUGCCGGUACUUCUAAGGUGCCCUCAUGUGCUUGUGAGUGCACCACUUGCAAGGACAAAAUGGAUAAUUUGAUUAGAAAGGUGGAGGAAUUGGUGCGGGCCCAAGAAGCCACAAACACUUCUAUGCAGAGGUUGAUAUCCAAGAGGGGUAUCAAUCCAUCAAAGAAUCUUUCCUCACCUUAUACUCCUGUUCAUGUUCGGAGGAGGGGCAAAGCAAUUGCCAAGGCACUUGCAUCAGUUAGAUCAAGAAGACCUGUUGCUACUCCCAGUAAGUCAAUUGAGACUCCUCUUCUUGAUGUUGGGCCAAAAGUGCUAAAGAAGGUGGAUAUUUUCAAGCCUGUACAUGCCCAAAGAAAGAAAAAGGUUGAGACUGCAAUCAAGUCCAAAAAGAGUGGGAGAACCAUGUACUCAAUGCAUGAAUUUGGAGCAGAAGACUUCAAGGCUAUGACAAGCAUGGAAAUUUGGUGGGAGGAUUGGUAUGUAGAUGAAGUCCUGCUUCUAAUGCGUAUGAGGCAAAUCAAUUUCCCUGAGUACUAUGAUUCCACUGACAUAAUCCUGGACCUCAACUUUUACAACAACAUGUCCAAGAGGUACGCAGAAUUGACAAAAGAGAGUACAGUUCCAAAUGCCGUGCCUCUGAAGGUUAGACUUGCUGAAUUCAAGUGGGAUGAUGAUAUGGUCGACUAUUGUAGGGGUGUCAGACCCUACCCAGGAGGCUGCUCAUGGGCUGGUGCAAAGAGGGUUUUAACAGUGAUGAAUAUUAAUGUCACACAUUUUGUCACUCUCGAGUUCAUGAUUGAAGAGGGAGUGGUAAAUGUGUAUGACUGCAACGUUCCUGUCUAUGAAGAAUCGAUUUCUUUUGUUUCAUGGAGUCGGCUACAAAAUCUCCCCCGCAAUGUCACUAGUAAGGCAUGUGGUUCGUGGUCAAUUGCUUUUAUAGAGGCUUUGCUUACCGGCACAACUGUGACAAAACCCGAAAGUCUAAUCAGCGACAACUCUGUAGGGAGGAUGCAAUGGAGAUGGGCAUUAGGUAUCAUUGAAAAGGUGUUGGAGCCCUAA